CAUGGCGGUCUACUUUGUCACCGACUUGACAGACGCUCGACUCCACGAUUAACCUCAGACACGGUUCUCGUUAAGCCAAAAAUAUGUGGAUGGAAAUGCCCAACCUGCGGUUCACGAUCAGAGUAGAUCCGUUUGUGUUAUAGCAAGCAACGCGCAUCUUUUCUCACAACUCAACCUCUAACGUUUUAUUUUUACUCUUGAAUGAUGUUAUCGUCGUCAUUUCAUAAGAUAUGGCUGUGGACUAGAUGCCAGCUUUUAAAGUCAUGCAAACGGUGUUGUUUAAAUGCGGAGUUUAUAGGGAGAGACUUUCAUAAUUCCAGCACGUUGACUGCCAGUUUCUUAGCCCAAGCCCAUAUAAGUAUUUCGCAUGCAGACCAAGUAAACACCAGUACCAAAAGGUGCUGUUCUUCCGAACAGCGUGAAGUGAGGGUGAGGUUUGCACCCAGUCCAACCGGCUUCUUACACCUUGGAGGUCUCCGAACUGCUCUGUACAAUUACAUCUUUGCCAAAAAGUAUGGUGGCUCUUUCAUCCUGCGGCUGGAGGACACUGAUCAGAGCCGUCUGGUACCAGGGGCAGCAGAGUCCAUAGAGGAGAUGUUGGAAUGGGCUGGUAUACUUCCAGACGAGAGCCCUCGCAGAGGUGGGGCUAUGGGCCCAUACUUGCAGUCCCUGAGACUAAGUCUCUAUACCCAGACAGCCCUCCAGCUUGUGGAAAGUGGACAUGCUUACUACUGUUUCUGCAGUCCACAGAGACUGGAACUUAUCAAAAAAGAGGCCUUGCGCACUGGGCAGACUCCUAGAUAUGAUAAUAGGUGUCGGCAUCUGAAGGCUGACCAGGUGCAAGAGAAGCUAACUCAAGGAGUUCCACAUGUCAUCAGGUUUUGUCUAGAAGGGGAGGUGGAGCCUUUCAAGGAUCUGAUUUUUGGAUGGAACCGGCAUGAUGUGGCCCAGGUUGAGGGGGACCCUGUGGUGAUGAAAGCAGAUGGUUUUCCCACCUACCAUCUGGCUAAUAUAGUGGAUGACCAUUACAUGAGCAUCAGCCACGUUCUGCGGGGUUCAGAAUGGCUCAUCUCCACCUCCAAACACCUUCUCAUGUACCGUGCCCUUGGAUGGCAGCCCCCAAUCUUUGGACACCUGCCUCUUCUGCUGAACAAAGAUGGUAGCAAGCUGUCCAAAAGGCAGGGAGAUAUAUUCAUCCAGAACUUCCAAAAAGUUGGGAUUUUACCUGAGGCACUGCUAGACCUCACCACCAACUGUGGUUCCGGUUUUAACACCAAUCAAAUGGGUCAGAGGAUAGAUGAGCUGAUAUCUGAAUUUAAUCCCUCAAAGAUCACAACCCACUCUGCUCUGCUAGACCUGGAAAAACUUCCGGAGUUCAAUAGACUCCAUCUUCAGCAGCGAAUUGAAGACAAGGAGCAUUGUGCUUUGCUGGUGAGAGAGUUGCAGGGACAAAUCCAGCAAGCUUAUGCAACAGAGAUCCAGGAUAAAGAGGUGCUCCAUGAAGACUACAUUACUCGCGUCCUGCAUCUACGCAAGGGCCACAUAUCGUUCCUGAAGGAGCUGGUGACCCCGGGUUACUCUUACCUGUGGAUUCGUCCUUCUUUCUCAGACCAACAGGUGACAGCUCUCACCUCAGAGGCACAACUAAUUGCCUCAUUAGUGUUGAGACUGAUGGAGGAGCAUGGUGAAAGUUUAUCACUGGAUCGUCUCAAUAGAAAUCUCAAGAUUUUGGCCAAGCAGACAAAGGCCACCAACUACAGAGAGAUGAUGAAAUUGUUACGUCUGACUCUCAGUGGUUUACUGCAAGGUCCAAGUGUAGCUGAGAUGAUGGUAUCUUUGGGGCCUGCUGAGAUCAGACAUCGUUUCCAGAAACUUCUGCUGCUUACACAGACAAGCUAAAGACUUUGAAGCUUACUGUUGUGUCAGUUUACCUCACUUGCUGGUGAUGCAAGUUAUUUAUAUUUAGUUGUUCCCUAAGGUUAUGAUAAACAUAAGACAAAUACUUUUAGUGCUGUUGAGGACCAGGCCUGUCUUGUUUGAGUAGCAUAGACUUCAUACUCGCCUUAGCUCAUCCACAGGACUUGGCAUUUCAGUUCUGCAAGCCCCCCCCCCCCCAUUGAUUACUAGCCCAUUGCAUUAUUGAAUUGAGCUUGAAAUAUUACAAGGACACACACUAGGUCUCUGUUUUUUAUGCAACCCGACCAGGAUUUCAAUCUGUUGAACAAUUCAACAGUUCUUAUAUGUCUUUAUGUAUACUCAAUAAUCCAGGUAGGAAAAUCAAAGUUGAAUCAGAUGCAGAUGCACGCUUAGCCCCCGCAUGAAGAGGGAACGACCAUCCCUGAACCAGGAGGCUAAGAGAACAUCUGCCACCAUGUCGCCCUCUCACAAUGCUGUGAUUGCAAACAUUCCCAAAUCCUCUACACGUUGCCAUUGAAACUCUAGUUAAUAAUUCUCAUGGCAAUUUGCAUAUGAAACCGAUUGGUUUCGGUCGUUAUGCUACUGUACUGCUUGUAAGGGUGGGGCUAUCUGCAGUCAGUUGAGAUGGAAGAGGUCACUUAGAUGAGCGAGGAACCAUUUCUGUCUCAAUAAACGUGUCCAGAUGACCCGAUUCAACUUUCUUUGAAGUUCUUGUAUGCAUAUGCUGUAUUCAGUUAAGUUCUUGCACUUUUCUCAAGGCAUAUACAUUUUUUUUCUCAACCAGUGUUGAAAAAACAAAUGCUACUUUCUCUUCCACUUCAUUCAUCUUGCAUCUUGCAAGAGAGUUUGCA